ACGAUGGAGGUGGAGGUGGAGGUGGAGGUGUAGGCAGGAGCAUACUCCGUAUACCGAGGAUUUCCAGGCAGCAGACAGUCUACGGCCCGGGACAGAGGGACCAGGACCAGCCUCGGAAAGGAGAGCUCGUCGUGGACCCCCUUCCUAUAAUCGAAACGGAUUUAUUUUUUCCAAGUGUUCAGUGACCUUGAAUGUUUACACGUACCCUUGUUCCAUGCUGAUUCGUGACGGGAAUGGAAGAGGAAAUCUUUUGACAACCAUCCGACGGGAUUACAUUUCGCUACACGAUUCCUUUAUCUUGAUGCCUGGCUCCGAGGUAUAUACACGAUUCUACCGGUGUGAUCGUUAAUCUCGUAACGGCGAUGCGUUCGUAAAGGAAUCGCCGAUAGCUGUGAAUGAGAUUGCGAGAAGCCGUGGAGAAAGAAGAAUUAGAGAUGAGCGAAAUCGUUCGGCCGGGAAUUGCUCGGAGCACGUGCCUCGCACGCAGAAGGCGCUCGGAACGGCACCAGGUGCGCUAAUCGAGGACCAAUCUACGAAACAAAGUGACGCACGAAUAAUUGAACGUUGCACCAACAUAACGUUAUCGUUUUUUAACGUUACCGAGAUUCAACACCGCUCUUACUUACACCUAAGAUCUUAAGUCGAUCAUCGUUGAACGAACCGGCAAGCAGGAAUGCAAGUUCAUGCUGUUGUACCUUCGAGGACGAUCUCGAUGAUCGUUUUAUUAACAUCCUUUUUCAUGUUCAUCGGAAUCGACGGCAUGGGACAUGUCAGUGGACACAAUGAUCGGUCUACGUUUCAUCAGGACACAAGCACUUCUAGCGGUCCCGUGGUGGUUGCACCGGUUGGAAACCAAACGGCUGCAAUUGGUCGCGAAGUUGUUUUCUCUUGCAGUGUUCGCAACAUUGGAAAAUACAAGGUUGGAUGGCUACGUGCUUCGGACCACACGAUUCUGUCGGUUCACACGAGAACGGUAACGCACAAUGCACGUAUCGCGGUCUCGUACGAAACCGGCGGAAGUUCCGGGUCCGGCGUGGCAUCCGCAAACGCCUUCGGUGUGACAGGAAGUAGCCAGCCCACGGAGGAAGUCGUCAACGGCACGUGGCGGCUACACAUUCGUCAGUUAAAGGAAUCGGAUAGAGAUUGUUACAUGUGUCAAAUUAACACCAGCCCGAUGAUAUCUGAACUAGGAUGUCUGGAUAUUCUUGUACCACCGGAUAUCGUUUAUGGAGGUGAUACUAGCGCGGACUUGGCAGUUUCGGAAGGGGACAAUGCAACUCUAAGCUGUAGCGCAACCGGAAGACCAACCCCAAGAGUGUCCUGGCGAAGGGAAGACGGAGAACCCAUUCUCAUAAGGGCCUCUUCUGCCGGUGGUAGCACGUUCGAAAGGCACGAAAGCUACAAUGGUUCUCUGCUGCAAUUCCAUCGUGUUGAGAGGCGACAAAUGGGAGCGUAUCUGUGCAUCGCCAGCAACGACGUGCCGCCUGCCGUUAGCAAGCGAGUGACACUCGCUGUGAAUUUUGCACCCGUGGUCAAAGCGCCUAAUCAGUUAUUGGGAGCACCCUUGGGAACGGAUGUGCAGCUGGAAUGUUACGUGGAGGCAUUUCCGAAUACAAUUAAUUAUUGGGUAAAAAAUCGACGAGGAGCGGAAGAUGAAAUGUUGCUCGAGGGACUCAAGUACAACGUGCGGGAAGAACGAUCCGGGUAUAAAGUUUUGAUGUGGCUGUUAAUCAAAGGAUUCACGGAACAGGACGUGGGGAGUUAUAAAUGCGUCUCGACGAACAGUCUUGGUAAAGCUGAUGGCACUUUGAGACUAUACGAAAUUAAAAUUAGCUCUGACAGAUCAUCGCGUGGAAAAGAUCACGUAUCCAUUAUCGGUGGUUUAGCCGAGGCUGCACAAAGUUCAGGUGCAAGUAACAAUGUGAGAGGAUCGUUUGGAUGUAACAAGAAAUUAUCGCACUGUUUGUCGAUGUUUCUCUUCAUACCGGUAUUGUUUUGGCCACGGUGAAGAAGGUACCCGUUGCUAGUCACCGCUAAACAGAGUGCCGGAUAACUUUGUGCCAAAGGACAAGAAAAAUAAGUAUGAAUGUUGUGUAUGCAUGUGUGUGGGCGCGAACAUAUCAGAAGAAUAAGAUCGUAAAGAAUAAAUAAGAAAGUGUGUUCUUUGUGAGAAGAACGAAUUACUUGAUUGAAUGUGCGAAUGGAAAGAAGCGAACCAAGAAAGAAAGAAAAAAAGAAAAAGAAGAAUAAAUUGAGGGCUCGCGUUCUUCAUAUCUUCCUACUUCCCUUUCCUACUCCCAACUGCCAAGAAAAAAAAAAAAAAAAACAUUUU